AUGAGAAUCUGCGCCACGAGUUCCUGGCUACACGACGUCGCGCGGAGGAUCUGGAUCAUCAGCUCGCGGACGCGGCCAAUGCUGCGUCGCUCCAUGUGCUCUUCUGUCAGCACAAAUACGACUUGGUUCGCCACAAGUUGGAAUCCACCCAGACGGAGCUCGCUGAGUGCCUGA